CUCAGUAUCAGCGUGACAAUAGCCUUGGAACUGAGACGUAAAUGUCAGCAGCACUUCGCUGUCGGAGCCAGGAGAGAGCAGCGUCGUUCCAUUUCCAACCCUUUACAGUCCAGACUACCGGUAUGUUGCAAAUAUGUGGCAGUAGUACGCCUAUGUUGAUAAGUAAAGAAAGGAACAACGACCUAUAGCACCAAGCUGAUGCUGAAGCUUAUAGAGGCGUAUAUAUAGGCUGCUGUCUUCAACCCUACACCACAGUGAAGCGUGUGCAUGCGGCUUGCUCUACAUUCCUCCUAAAUAAACCUACGGAAGAACACACACAUAUUUAGCCCAUUCCUCAUCACGGUACAGUAAAACAAAACAGCGAGAGAGACAGGGAGCGCGUAAAACAUCUUGCUUAUUUCGAUCGAGGUUAUUAUAACGUGUAGUCAGUCGGUCUAAGUCUCGCCGUUUUUCGGUGAAGCGCAUGCGCACUAACAGGUCUGGAAUCUGCUGCAGCUCGCACUACAGGGCUGAAGAGUCGACGCUGCCUUGGUAACGUAACAACACACAGACUGGGCAAGAGUUGGAGACCCAGAUAUCCUUACAUCAAAGGCUCCCUCCUCCUCCUUUCCUCUCCAUCCAUCCCUCCGUCCCUGUUUCUCCCAUCAUCAGCCAAAUCUGGGCGGCUGUGCAUCCGCUGUUAUGGACCCGUGGAUAUGAAAUCCAGACAGGGUAGAAAAAAAUACGGAGAGAAAAAAAUCUACUAAAAUAAUAAAGAGAAGCUACAUUGGUGAACCACUAUGCCUUUGGUAAAGCGCUGUAUAGAGCCCAGACACCUGUGUCGAGGUGCGGUACCUGAUGGAGUCACCAGUGAACUGGAGUGUGUUACCAACAGCACCCUCGCUGCCAUCAUCAAACAGCUGGGCAGCCUAAGUCGUUAUGCGGAGGACAUAUUUGGGGAUCUGUUCAAUGAAGCCAACAGCUUCUACAUGAGAAUGAACAGCCUUCAGGAGAGAGUGGACCUACUGGCUGUCAAAGUCACACAGCUAGACUCUACCGUGGAAGAAGUGUCUCUGCAGGAUAUCAACAUGCGUAAGGCAUUUAAGAGCAGUACCAUCCAGGACCAGCAGGUGGUGUCACGGACCUCAGUCCCUAACCCUGUUGUAGAGAUGUACCACCGUGGUGACAAACCUCCGCCUCUCAACAUACUCAGCCCUUAUAGAGAUGAUAAGAAGGAUGCAUUGAAAUUCUACACAGACCCCUCCUACUUCUUCAUGCUGUGGAGAGAGAAGAUGCUUCAGGCUACGGAGGACAAACGGAAGGAGAAGAAGCGGCAGAAGACCAGCUGUCCAGCCCACUGUGACCAGGGUAGACCCCACAGCAGACAGGCUCCACCACGCAGCCCCCUGCCCAGCUCCGAGCAGCAGAAACAGGUGGAGGACCCGGGCAGAGAGGUGAAGAAGGUGAGGAAGGCCAGGAAUCGCAGACAGGAGUGGAAUAUGAUGGCAUAUGAUAAGGAGUUCCGCCCAGAUACACGACUCACCCCCUCACCCUACCACGGAAUGUCCUCAGAGGGAUCAUUAUCACCUGAUAACAGGUCGAUGGCAUCAGACAUGGGCGAGCAUUCCUACCCUGCCAGCCCUAACCACCCCUCCCAGCCCACCUCUGCCCCCCACCCCAUUGAUGGUGUCCCCCACCUCACCCAAGCCCCCCAGACUCAGUCUCUGGACAGGGGAGGGUACCCCAGAGCCAACCCCCCCUCUGGGGCAGCCGCGGCAGUACGACAAAUCGCAUCACUGGGGCGCACCCAGCCCCCCCACCCACCCCCAGCCCACUCCGAGGGAGGGGCGCUCAAUGGUCCACGUCAGCAGUCCGUCAAGGACUACAGGGCUCAUGGCGGCCAGCCAUCCACCAUCCCGGAGUACUUCAUCCCCCCAGCCCCUCCCCCUCCUCCCCCAAUCAUCCCCUCCGCCCAGACUGCCUUCGACUCUACCUCCUCCUCCCCCCUCCCUCCCCUCUCUCCCUCCUCCCUCCCCUCCCCCCGGGCCGUGGCCAUCAUGUCCCGUUCUUACAGUCCCUCCCCUCCUCCUCCCGCCCCCGCCCACUAUGUCCCCUCCCCCUCUCAUGCCCCUCCCUCUGCCCCCCUCCUCCCCCCACCAGGCCUGCCCCCUCCCACAUCCUGAGAAGCUCCGCCCACCAGGAAGGGCCAGAUGCCGAUGAUUCCGAUAAGCGAUGCCCGCAGCGACCUGUUGGCUGCCAUACGUAGAGGUAUCCAAUUGAGGAAGGUACAGGAGCAGAGAGAGCAGGAAGCGAAGAGAGAGCCCGUAGGAAACGACGUGGCCACCAUUCUCUCACGUCGCAUCGCCGUCGAGUACAGCGAAUCAGAGUCUGACUCCGGCGGGGAGGACAACGGGGAGUGGUCCGACUGAGAGGGGUCAUGGGUCAAGGGAUAAGGCUUUUGAGGAAACGGAGUCUAGUUUGGUCUGGAAGGAUGGGAGUGUAUGGAGUGAUUUUAGCACCCCCCAAAAUUCUGACUCAAUAUCACUCAACAGAAUUGUGUCUCAAAUGUUUUCUAUCUUUCUUCCUGUAUUCACAGAUCUGAAAUGACUUGGUAGGUGGAUAGGCAGUAUGAUGAUGUUUUAGCUUCGGUCAGAUCUAUGGAUACUGAAGGGGGAGAGGAAUGAGGCUAUAGAAUACACCCCCCCCCCCCUCCCUCCCCCCCAAUCACUUAGUUAGCCACUCAAUCAAUCAACCAAUCAAUCAUUAAUGUUAUGCUUCAGUAUUACAGUACUUAGCAGUGAGCAGUACAACACUACAAGACAUGGCUAUGACCUUGCUGGGGUAAACUAAAUGGGGUUGGUUGAGGAUGAGGAGCACAAGUCAGCUUGUGUCAAGGUGGGUGUCACGUUUUUAUUAAGUUAUUCCCUCAAUUAUUUAUUUAACGUGGCUCAUACAUAACCUAGACAGGAGUACAUCUGAGAAAAGUUACAGGCCACGUCCAACAUGGCACCCUGUUCACUACGUAGUGCACUACUUUUGACCUGGGCCCAUAGAGCUCUGGUCUAAAGUAGUGCACUAUAUAGAGGAUAGGGUGCCGUUUGGGAUGCACACUGUGACUAAAAAGAUGGAAAUAUAUACCCAUAGCAACCAACUCCAAUUAUGGGAAGGUUCAGCUGGUUGCCCUGGACAAUGCUAAAUCUAGAACACAAACAGACGCCAUUCCGGUAGAUUCUUACCACAGAGCGCGGGGGUGUUGGGGAGGCGGUGGGAUGAUGCGUCCCUGAAAUGCCACGUGUGAAACUGCGUAGGAUCGCACACAAACACACGCACACACACAACAAAGGUGUAGGAUCCCACCUUUUCUCCACUUGUAAACAACAACAAGAAAAACAACCUGGUAACCAAAGAAAACCCAACUUUACAGUUUCACCACCUCAAGUUUUAAAAUGUAUGUCUUAAGAGAAUAAUAAAAAACACUAUAUAUAUAUAUAAAUAUAAACAUAUCAAAUGAAACACGACAUAGUUUUACAUAAGCAACAGCUACUCUGUAUGAGGGUCAGUGAGAUUUGAGUAUGAUGUAGUGGGUUGACUUAUUUUCAAGGGCAAGUUUUCAGCGCAAGAUGAAUUGUGGGAAAUGUAGUCAUCAAUCACAAUAUUAGACAAGUUUUAUUCUGUACUGAAGCCUCUGCUUGUGGUGUACUAUAUGAAGUAGCUUUGUACAUCUGCACAGAUGCCUAAGUUCCUCCAUCUAACGUUAUUCACAAUGCUUACUGUAUCUGCUCAGUGCUUGUAGAUCAGGGGUCUUAAACUACAGGCCCAUGAUCCAAAAGUGGCCCCUGAGCCGAUUUAAGUAAUAUGGCCCCCAGGGAAAAAUGAUAUUGAGACCACACUUGCAGAGGAUAUAGUCCUAACAUUUUUUUUAAAGUAUGGGUUUUAAACUAACGAAGAAAGGCAUGGAGAAAGACAGACACUGAAAAUACUUUCUUUUGCGUUGUUUCAAUGUGCCACGGAUAGCAAAUAAAAAGGGACACUGCACCAUUAAAUAGCACAUCUAAACUAAGUAUACAUACAGCUCGACUUGGGGAUGAAGUUGAAUCCUAGACAAUGAUCUAAGAGCAGUUUUGUGGUUUUCCCGCUAGUUAAGUUAAGUUAAGUUUUCCCGCUAAUAGUUAAGGUUACGAUUGGAGGAUGGGUAAGCUGAUCCUAGAUCUGUAUCUAAGAGAAACUUCAGUGUACAGUAGAAGAACAGCUGUGAAUGUGAAAUUGAUUAUCUAAAUGUUUGUAUAGGGAGUUAUCCACCUCAUUUUCGAACGCUUUUAAAAUAUGACGCCAAACGCGGAAACUAUGGAUACAUGUUUCUCCGCGCUUGCGCAUUAUCAUAAUUCAUAUGCGCGCCACUAGGAACUCCUGCAUUAGCAUGUUUCUGUUAGCGGAGAAAUCAUGACAAAAUACACCGUGUGUUAUUGUCCUGCUGAUGUGCCUGGACCUUGUAGGCUGAACUGCUCAUAACAAAAACAUAACAGAUCCAAAUGGUUGUCCAGUCAGGCAUGUUAGUUUCAUUUAUUUCCAAAUUAAUAUGUAUUUUAAAAGCCAGGCUUUUGAGCGGUUAUUCAAAUGACAUAGGGUAUUCACUGCAGUUUAUGGCCCAGACUAGAGUUUUCUACGCACUUGAAAACAAUAAUAACAUACUUCAUUGCAUUGUGUUGUUGUAGCCUAGGUAGGGUACAUUUCUUGUCCCUAAAAAACAAUGUACCCACGGACUUGGAGGGACCGCACUCAGCGCAGAAUCGGGAGCGCUAACUAUGAUUUCACUAUCUGAAAAGCACUUUUUCUUUCACUGUGUAAAUUGACUGGAUAAAUUGACUGCAGUAUUAUGCCUAACAUUGAGCUCAUGAAUUAUGGUCUGAUAUGCAUAAGCUUCUAACUUAGGCUGUAGGUCACAGUACAUCCCCAGCCUGUCUGUCUGUCUUCAUUGCUCUGAUGAGCAAUUACGCACUUAUCCUCUCCGCUGCCACGGCUAUUCCUUUUAAAUAUUGUGGAGUCCAAGGAAAAGCCAGUCUACAAAAACUUAUUUGACAGGUAUUUCGACUUAUUUUCUUUAGCCUACUAAUAUCCUAUUGGAGGAGAGAUGCACGCUUGCGGCCUGCUUGCUGGAUGUGAAAUAGGCUACAGCGUUAAGAACGGGCAGGGAGUUGGAAAGGAGGAGCCCGUAUUGUCCUAUCCUGUUAACCAGCGGACUACAUCCUGACUAAAUAGGCCUACACCGUAUGAGUGACCUAAUAAUGUACCUUUCUGGACCUUCUAAACUGUCAAGAAUAGACCCAGACUGAUCCAAAUGGCUGCAUACUCAGGCCUAGGCUGGUACGCUACUGUAUGCAGUUAUUUCGGUAUGAAACAAAACAGGAUGUGUGAGCGGUUAUUCUAAUUAGCCUACAUCACUGCAGUUUACAGCAUAUAGACAAUAAUUGUGUACUCACUUGAUAACAAUAAUAUCAGGUAUAAUAAUUUUAUGGCCUAAUAUCUAGCUAAUAUUUACCUUCUUACUUACAACAGCUAUAGCACAUGUAGUUUGAUCCUUUUUUAUACUAGGCCUAAUAGUCUGUUCGAUGGGAAAGAAGCAGGCUUGCUCUUGCUAAUUGCCGAAUGUAAAACAGGCCUACAGCAUAGAAAACGCAUGUUGGGGAAAGUUGAGGAAAUCGUGUGAUCACUUUUGGCCGGUUAUGAUAAUAUUGUUGCACUGAUACAUUGCAAAUAGUUUCAGAGGACAUACAGAGAUGAGAACUGUAAAAAAGAAGACCUCAAAAAAUCACUUGCAACCCACUUGAGCAAGAGGGCAAAUACAUGCUGUAAAAUAUGUGCAGGCUAAACAGUGUUUGUUGUUGAAUUGCUACAUUUAAAUUUGAGGUACUAUAUUGCUUUUCAUUAGGCCUUGAUUCACAUAUUAUAAUUUGCAGUUGUCACUAUGACAAUGAACACACCCUGAAAGCACCGAAUGGUCUGAACCAGAUUCUGUGUGUUAGAGACCUCAUGAAUGGUCUGAACCAGUAUCUGUGUGUUAGAGACCUCAUGAAUGGUCUGAACCAGUAUCUGUGUGUUAGAGACCUCAUGAAUGGUCUGAACCAGAUUAUGUGUGUUAGAGACCUCAUGAAUGGUCUGAACCAGAUUCUGUGUGUUAGAGACCUCAUGAAUGGUCUGAACCAGAUUCUGUGUGUUAGAGACCUCAUGAAUGAUCUGAACCAGUAUCUUUGUGUUAGAGACCUCAUGAAUGGUCUGAACCAGAUUCUGUGUGUUAGAGACCUCAUGAAUGAUCUGAACCAGUGUCUGUGUGUUAGAGACCUCAUGAAUGGUCUGAACCAGAUUCUGUGUGUUAGAGACCUCAUGAAUGGUCAGAACCAGAUUAUGUGUGUUAGAGACUUCAUGAAUGGUCUGAACCAGAUUCUGUGUGUUAGAGACCUCAUGAAUGGUCUGAACCAGAUUCUGUGUGUUAGAGACCUCAUGAAUGGUCUGAACCAGAUUCUGUGUGUUAGAGACCUCAUGAAUGGUCUGAA